AUGAAGCUGGUGAAAAAGAAACCACGACCGUUACGGAACGAGGAGCACUCGCGCCUGCAGGAGAUGCGCCUCCAGCACGCGGAGGACGUCGACAAAGCCACCCGAAGGAGAGCCGCCACGCUCGCCUCGCUCACGCGCCAGGCGGAGCUAGACCGGGAGGACUGGGCCAGAAGGGCGAAAGAGGGGGCCUCAGCAGCGGGGGAAGAGGCUCUCCGGUCGGAGAAGCAGCGGCUGAUGAAGGACCGUGACAAGAGAAUAGACGCUGCUAUCCGCAGGAUUCAACGGGAGCGCAUCGAGAACGAGGAGACUUCUAAGGCCGAGGCAGAAAAAGAGGCACGCGUUCAGGAAGAGUCGCAUGCGCAGGCCAAGCGGCUGCUAGCCGAGAAGCAAGGGCAGUGGGAAGAGCGUCAUUCCGAGUGCACCGACGUCUUGCACUCACUCGUCGACACCAGGCGGGAGCUUGCCCUGAAAUCUCGAGAGCUAACCGCGGAGCAAGGGAUCCUUUCCUUGAGGGUGCAAAAGGCGGAGGGGGCCAACAAGGAGGGAGCGAGCGCGGCUAGAGACGAGGAGGCGCAAGUUCUCAAGGAGCACCAAGAGCUCAUGUCCGAAAGCCGUCUCAGGAGGGCGGAGCUGGAACAGAAAACCAAAGACCACGAGGCGGAGUCAGCAGGGAUGCAAGCCAGGAACCGGUCUGAGUCUUCACGUCUUCGCGAGGAGCACGACGAGCGUCUGGAGGCUCUCCACAAGGAGGUCAAAGAAAAGGUGGCUUCUCAAGACGAUGAAAUCUCGUCCCUGAGAGAGGCAGUUCACACGGAAAGCCUUCGGGCGGAGCACGCGUCCAAAAUGCUGGCGAAAUAUGUCAAGAGAGCUGCGGCGGCGGCCGAUGCAGGUGCCGGUGCUUCGCAUGCUGCUGCUGUCGGUGUCGCUGCUCCCGGCGGAGGUGGAAGCGGUACCAUCGCGACUCGGAGCCCCGCCAGCAUUUCUGCCGGCCCGAGAAACGGUACUGGCGGCUCGGCGAGACAGACACACACGCGCCUGCGCUAG